UAGGUUCAAAGGAGGGUGUAGGCAAAGUAUGAUGCAUUGCAAUACAGAUGAUCUGAAUCCACCAAAGCUGACUCUAUUCCUUUUCUUGUCUUUUUGUGUCUUCCCAAAAACCACUCAAUUUUCUCUUUACAUUUCUACAUUUUUUUUUCUUUUAAUUUUUAUAUGGUUUUUUUUUGUUUUUACAAUUAAAAAAAAAAACUUUUUAAACUUUAAUCCCUGAUUCCCUUUUACAAUCCCUACCUAAAAAUUGCGUAACUUUAUACUCCGGCCGUCGUCCCUUCGUCGGCGCAACAACCCCACCUCAAAUAAUCAGAGAUUGAUGCCAAUUUUCAGUGGAAUGUUUUUUAGGCAUAUUUUGUGGUAGUAAUUUAUCAAUUUUUAUAUUGAGUAUCAAGAAUUUCAAUCUGGGUUAUUAUGGGAGAGCUCGAGGAGAUUGGUCAUGAUUAUGGGUCGGAUAUAGAGGUUGAUGACUUAAGGUGCGGGAACAUUGCGGAAAAGGAUGUUAGUGAUGAAGAAAUUGAUCCGGAAGAACUCGAAAGGCGAAUGUGGAAGGAUCGAAUCAAGCUCAAGCGAAUGAAGGAGAGGGAGAAAGUAGAGGCCCAGCAGGCUGCUGAGAAGCAAAAGCCUAAGCAGACGAGUGAUCAAGCUAGGAGGAAGAAAAUGUCAAGAGCACAAGAUGGGAUUUUGAAGUAUAUGUUGAAGUUGAUGGAGGUCUGCAAAGCGCGAGGAUUUGUGUAUGGAAUAAUUCCGGAGAAGGGAAAGCCGGUUAGUGGCGCGUCUGAUAAUUUAAGGGCUUGGUGGAAGGAGAAGGUCAAAUUUGAUAAGAAUGGUCCUGCUGCAAUAAACAAGUAUGAAGCUGACUGUUUGGCAAUGAGUGAAGGAGCUAGUAAUGGAAAUGGUCAAAACACUUUGCAGGAAUUGCAAGACGCUACUUUAGGAUCGCUGUUGUCGUCGUUGAUGCAGCAUUGUAAUCCUCCUCAGAGGAAAUUUCCUCUAGAGAAAGGUGUGCCUCCACCAUGGUGGCCUUCAGGAGAUGAAGAAUGGUGGUCUAAGCUGAGUUUGCCGAAGGGUCAGAGCCCUCCGUAUAAGAAACCACAUGAUCUGAAGAAGAUGUGGAAAGUUGGGGUUUUAACUGCUGUGAUCAAGCACAUGUCUCCUGAUAUUGCAAAGAUAAGAAGGCUUGUGCGGCAAUCUAAAUGCUUACAAGACAAGAUGACUGCUAAGGAGAGUUCAAUUUGGCUAGGGGUUUUAGGUCGGGAGGAAUCCCUUAUCAGGCAGCCUAGCAGUGAUAAUGGAACGUCAGGUAUUACUGGAAGUCCACCAGGCCCGCGUGGUGAAAAGAGAAAACCUGCUGCUAGUAGUGAUAGUGAUUAUGACGUUGAUGGCAUUGAUGAAGGUGCAGGUUCUGUUUCUUCUAAAGAUGAAAGGAAAAAUCAACUAAGUGAUGCAGAAACAAUGGGUGAACCUGUGAUCAAUAAUCGUUCUUCUUCCCGGAGUAAGAACCCUAUUGAGAAACAAAAUAAGAGAAAAAGAUCACGUGGAAAAGCGAGCUCAAUUGAUCAGCAAACCACCCCUUCUAUGGAUGAUCAGCAGUUGGCAGCUAGUGUUCCGCAAUUGGCACCUAGCGAUCAGCAAGCUGCACCAUCUACAAAAGAGAAUUUGGUGGGUGAACCUGCAAGACCUGGUCUUGUGUCUGACUUGGACCAUAAUGAUUUCCAGAUGCAUGAUAACCAGCCGGAGAAUGGCUCGAUAUUUAUCGAACCCUUGGUUUCUAUGGACAGUGAUAUAAUGGGGCAAUUUCAUCCUCCAGCCUCUGAUUAUAGUCAGUUUAGUCACUUUUCUAAUGUCCGUCCUCCCCAUUUGAUGUCUGGACAUAACAUGUUUGUUGGAGGCCAAUCGUUCCACCAUCCAACGGUACAAGGUGCUGAGUUGCAACACGGUGAUCCUUAUUAUCCAUCAAUUCAAUAUGGGCAAAGACUUGAUGAGCAGCGUUUGCAGCAUACCAUUAGUGAACCCCAAACUAGGCAAGAAGCUGUUGGAAUGCAUCUUCCAUCCCUUAAUACAACCGAGAAUGAUAUCACUGGAGGCCACUUGCACCAUUAUGGUGUUGAUGCAUUCCAGGAAAAGAAUCGACCCUUUGAUAGUCAUCUUGGAUCUCCCUUUAAUGGUCUUUCUAUAGAUUUUGAUCAAUUUGAUACUACUUUCCCUGAAAUUGAGGGCUUUGGUUUAGACGAGGAUUACUUAGCUGGUGAUGACCUUGACAUCUUGCAAUACUGUGGAGCUUAGAAUGGCGGAGUGGUUUUUUUGCAGCUAAAACUGCAACGCUCCAGGCAAGCUGAAUUAAUGAUGAAGUUUGAGCUUGUGGCCUGUAUAGUUGUCAGCUUGAAUAGUCCUUAAAGUUUCAAGUUACUAGAUUAGUUUAAUUCAUUUAUCCAAACAACAGUACAAUGAUCUGUUCUUUAGUUGACAUAGAAAGUUCGGGAUUUGACAUUAUGAUAUUGAUAUGUUUGGAUUAAAUAAAUUUUGUAUAUUUGGUUGGUUGAUCUUAAUCUUCUCAUUGCUAGGCAUUGAAAUUCUUCAGGUUUGAUAAUGAUUGUAACAGUUCUGUUUAAGGUGGAAAAUAAAACGUUAUGUUCAACA